AUGCACGUUCCUAGGCUUGAGGUGGAGGUCGUUGCUGGUCAUUCGGAGCGUCCCGAGGCAACCUCUCUGGUAUUGGGCCCGGAAGUUUGUCCAUCCACAGCACGCGUCCCUCCCAAAGCAGAGGAGAGGCUGACAACGUCAUCUUCUCCACCCGGUGUGUCUGAGAGUAGAGGCCGGCCUGAUCACCCGACCCGCUUCUCUUGGGACCACUCGCUGGGUAGCCCGUCCCGUUUCCCCCAGGUUCCUACGCGGCACAGAGUACCUGUGGAGCGCCUGGACGAGGAAGCGGAGGAAAGGGAGAGGGAGCGGCAAGCGACUAUGGAACUUCAAUACCGACUCAAGAAACUUGAGAUCGAGGCCGAGACUGCGCUGAAAAUGCGGCGGCUCGAGCUGGAGGCAGAAGGCCGUCUUCCUCUUAACCCUAGCCGGGUCGUUGCUGCUGUUGAGCCAGCCCACAGUCCAGUCCAACCUGUUGAUCUGGUCCCUGAGGCCUACCGGCAGCGCUUCAGAGGCCUCCAGAAGGCCCCAAACCAGACCUAUGAGGCCGCGGUGUUGGCUGAUGAAUUCGCCCUGACUCAUAGGACCACAUUUGGUACGGCGAAUAACCGGUCCUUUGUCUCAGAGCCAAUUCGUAGGUCUGCCAACACGCCACCCGUUCACAAAGAGCAACGAGAGUGUUUUUACUGUCACAGACCUGGACAUGUCAUCUCUAACUGUUUGGCUCUUAAGCGUAAAUCCAAUUAUUCUGCCACGGACUCGUUUGCUCAGUCCCAAGAUUGA